AUGAGGCUUGCCAGUACAAAGGCAUCAAUACAUAAAUGGGGAGGUGGAAAUGGAUUGGUGGCUGUUGCUGUAGAAAAGGAUGAUAAAAGGAGCCGAAACGCUGUCAAAUGGGCUGCUGAUACUCUUCUUUCCAGAGGCCAAAUUCUUGUUCUAAUCCACGUUUUGUAUCCAACCUCCUCAUCUCUUUCCAGAGGCAGCCAAGCCAUAGUGUGCAACACCAACUGCCCAACUGCAUCUCCCCAGAGAGACAAACUUGUCAACAUUACGAAGGAGCUAUUUUGCACCUUUCAUUGCUAUUGUACACGCAAAGAUAUACAAUGCCUUGAUGUCGUUAUUGAAGACAUGGACAUCGUGAGAGGAAUAACUGAAUAUGUCUCUCAUGCUGCAAUUGAGCAUUUGGUGCUUGGUGCAGCCUCCAAGCAUGGCUUUAUUAGAUUCAAGUCAAGUAGUACACCAAACAGCAUAUUAAAGGGGGUGCCCGAUUUCUGUAGUGUGUAUAUCAUUUCUAAGGGGAAAAUCUCUUCGGUUCGGAAUGCUGCUCGAAAGGCCUCACAUGCCUCCCCACUGCUGAGGCAUAUAGAGACUCAAAAUGAUGAGAAUGGAAAUGAAUCUGAUGUAUCUUCUAGACGUUUGAGCUUCAAAGACACCAGGGUAGCACUCAGGCAGUCCACUUGGCAGGGUGAAUCCAUGAAAAAAUUUGGGCUGAGUGGAAGAUCAGGCAUAGACUACGCCGAAUCUGACACUGACAUAUCAUUUGUGAGCUCUGGUAGGCCCAGCAGUGUACGCUCAACCUCAGUUUUCUAUGAGUAUGGUGAUCAUGGCCGAAAUUCACGAACUUCAACCAGCUCAGAUCGUAGCAUGGGGUCAACAUGGAUGAAACUCAAGCACACUGACCCCAAUUCACCGGACCUUUCAUUUUCAGAGGAAAGCAGCCGUUCAUCAUUUUCUAGUUCGUUACAAAACAUUGACGAAGUAGAAGCUGAUAUGAGGAGGUUGAAGCUGGAGUUAAAGCAAACAAUGGAAAUGUACAGUGCUGCAUGCAAAGAAGCACUAACAGCGCAACAGAAGUUAGGGGAAAUGCACAGCUGGAAAAUGGAGGAAGAAAAGAAAUUAGAGGAGGCACGGCUGUCCCACGAAGCAGCAGACGCAAUUGCAGGGAAAGAGAAAGGAAGAAGUAAUCUAGCGAGAGAAACAGCUGAAGCGACGAAGACAAUUGCAAGGAUGGAAACAAAUAAAAGAGCAGAAACGUUGGAAAAUGUAGCCGAGAUAGAUAAUGGAUACAGGACAUACACAAUGGAGGAAAUUGAAAAGGCCACAAACAUGUUCUCGGAAUCUCAGAAAAUAGGGGAAGGGGGGUAUGGCCCUGUCUACAGGUGUUACCUUGAUAACACUGAAGUGGCCGUGAAGGUUCUUCGCCCAGGUUCCGCACAGGGGAAGUCGCAGUUUCAGCAAGAGGUAAACAUACUUGGGAGCAUGAGGCAUCCCAACAUGGUGCUUCUUGUAGGAGCGUGUCCAGAGGAGGGAGUGCUGAUAUACGAAUACAUGGCGAACGGAAGUUUGGAGGAAUGCCUAUUUAGAGAGGAGGAAGAAGCCAUGGGUUGGGAGCUCAGGUUUAAGAUAGCGGCAGAGAUAGCGGCGGGACUGCUGUUCCUGCACCAGACAAAGCCUGAACCGCUGGUGCACAGAGACCUGAAGCCAGCAAAUAUAUUGCUGGACCACAAUUACGUGAGCAAGAUAAGCGAUGUGGGACUCGCGAGGCUUGUGCCGGAAGCAGUGGCGGAGAAUGUGACGCAGUGCCGCAUGACUGCCGCAGCAGGAACCUUCUGCUACAUCGACCCGGAAUACCAGCAGACCGGAAUGCUGGGGGUGAAGUCUGACGUGUAUUCUCUGGGGAUCAUUCUUCUUCAGCUAUUGACAGGCAGGCGGGCCAUGGGCCUGGCCCACCUUGUGGAUGAGUCCAUUCAGCAUGACUCCUUUUCUCAAAUUCUGGACCCAUCCGUCCCGGACUGGCCCCUCCCACAGGCCCUCUCCCUUGCCAACUUGGCUCUCCAUUGCGCACAACUCCGGCGGAGGGACCGCCCUGACCUUGCCACCGUCCUCCUCCCUCACCUCCAGCUGUUGAGAGACUUUGCCCUACAUCGCCAUCAUCAUUCCUCCCAGGACCAGGACGUUCUCAGCGAACCCAUGUCUCAACACUCUGGAACCCCAUCAACCCCAUCAACGCCAACCACAGACCAACCAAAACAAGACCCAGGCGCCGAUGAUGAGUAA